CCACAAUCCAGAUAACUAUCGGACCCGGCGUUGGCUGUGCUUGUGUUCAUAGAAGUCUGGUAUUUAUUUAAACGGUAUAUUUUUUAGUUACCAAGGUACGUUUGGGGCUCACACAAUGGCAGAAAAGAUAAAGGGGAAAGCAUCCAACGGAGAAGCGCAUCUCGCGGAGCCGGUAGCCAACGGACUAAGCCACAAGAAGUGUUACAAUGAGACUAAAUCUGAGAAAUUUAAACGGUUAUUCCUGGCGAACUUGCUGGUGAUUCUCACAGUGACCGGAGUGAUCAUCGGGGUGUUUAUUGGACUUGGUGUGCGCCAAAUGGAGUUGAACAGAACGCAAAUCCUUUACGUGGGCUUUCCAGGUGAAUUGCUCAUCCGGCUGCUGAAGAUGAUUAUCAUCCCUCUGGUUGUGUGCAGUCUGGUGUCCGGGGCGGCCAGCAUUGACCCCAAAGCCCUAGGCAAGCUGGGCGGCUGGGCCAUGCUCUUCUUCUUGGUCACCACCUUAAUUGCGUCAGCCAUCGGGGUGACCAUGGCUUUCAUCAUUUCCCCCGGAUCAAACACCGGCUCCAAACCGAUAUUGUCUGACGACGGUGAUCUGCCUCAGUCGAAAGAAGUGGUGGACUCCUUUUUGGACCUAAUCAGAAACCUAUUUCCCUCCAACUUGGUGUCUGCUGCCUUUCAGUCAUAUGCAACCAGCUACAAGUUUGUGAGCAAAAAUGGCACCAAUGGGUUGCCCAACAUCACAGUUGAGAAGGUUCCGUUCGGUACAGAUCAAGAUGGCAUGAAUAUCCUGGGUCUGGUGGUGUUUGCCAUAGUGUUUGGUGUGGCCCUGAGGAAGAUGGGAGAGGAGGGAGAGAUCCUCAUCAAGUUUUUCAACUCCUUUAACGAGGCCACCAUGGUGCUUGUGUCCUGGAUCAUGUGGUAUGCCCCCCUGGGUAUUAUGUUUCUAGUGGCAGGGAAGAUUGUGGAGAUGGAGGAUGUGGGCAUGCUGUUUGCCAGCCUGGGAAAGUACAUUGUCUGCUGUAUCAUCGGCCAUGCCAUCCACGGCCUGUUGGUCCUGCCAGGCAUCUACUUCCUCUUCACCCGCAAGAACCCCUACACCUUCCUGUGGGGCAUCUUCACAGCCUUGGCCACCGCCUUCGGAACCAGCUCCAGCUCGGCCACUCUGCCCCUGAUGAUGAAGUGCGUGGAGGAGAAUAACGGAGUGUCGAAGCACAUCAGCCGUUUCAUCCUACCCAUCGGCGCCACGGUGAACAUGGACGGCGCCGCGCUGUUCCAGUGUGUGGCGGCGGUCUUCAUCGCUCAGCUCAACAAAACCCCACUCAACUUCAUCCAUGUCUUCACCAUCCUGGUGACAGCUACGGCGUCCAGUGUGGGAGCGGCAGGGAUCCCAGCCGGCGGGGUGCUGACCCUGGCCAUCAUCCUGGAGGCUAUUGGACUGCCCACCAAUGACAUUUCACUCAUCCUCGCAGUUGACUGGCUCGUGGACCGUACCUGCACUGUUCUGAACGUGGAGAGUGACGCCUUUGGAGCCGGGCUGCUACAGUGGUACGUGGAUCGCUCUUCUGAGCCUGACGCGGUGGAGCUGAAGGAAGUGAAGAUGGAGGGCGGCGAACCGGCCGAGCCGGAGCAGUCGCCCCUCAUCGAGAAGCACAGGGGUGCUGGCAACGAAAAGGCCGAUGUCCACAUCUCUGAUAAAGAGUCGGUCAUGUAGAUGCUAUGUAAUCUAUGACCCCUCCGGUUGACCCCCUGAACCGAGCCUCUCCAUACUUGACCACCCAUACAGAAAUGAGGCAGAGGAUCUUCAAAGACUUCUCCAUUCAAAAAAUGAUUCCUCUCCUUGUGUCCUCACUCUUUAAAAGAGACUAAGAUCAGGUUGUGUGGCCAAGGGGAGUGGGAGCUGCAUGUUCUCAUUUACAAGUGACAGUAUUUUAUUUUUAAGGUUGGAACCCUUUGGCCAUGACCUGUCUGUCUCUCUCGCUCUUUAAUAUUUCUGUAGCCACCCUAUAUAGUCUUUUUCUCAUGUUUUCAAUAACGGUGCCUACUUAUGUUUCUUUGUGCAUAAAAUGGUAUGAAGUAGCGACACACUAGCCAUCUUGCAUCGCUCUGUAUAUGAAGAAGAAACCAAAGUUAUGACACUACGAUCCUGUAUGUUCUGGCUUCCAGUAUGAUGAACCAAAUGAACAACCAUCCUAAGAGACGUUCUGCUCCUGGAAAAAGGAACUUUUUAAUGCAACAGACUUUCCAUGUAAUAUGACUCCUCAUUUCCCUUUUUUUUUAUCCCACAUUGUGUCAAUUCAACCAGCAGUUGUUCUUACCUAGUACAAGGCAACUAAAAAGCUCCGUCAAAAUGAAGGCCUUUUUCGCCUACUGGUUUUUCUUUUCCUCGUUUUAAUGAACGGUGUUUCACUCCUUGAACCGUGUGGCAUCCACUAGGCUUGGUAACAGUAACCGGAUUUUAAAUGUCUUGUAUUUAUUGUGGCUUGGGAUUUUUGUGAGCAGGGUUAAAUUCUAUUUAUCUCUGACAAGGGUUAAUCUUUAAAGGAAGGGUCCUUGGCUGUAAGCCAUUUAUCAAUAUGUAUUUAUUGACUCUUAAUUUGUCUUUUUGUAUUUAUUCCUUGAUUCAGACAUUAAAGAAACACUCAGCCAAUUGUUAUAAAUUGUCUCCAAAUUAGUUUCCCUUCAUUAAGUGAAGGAUGUCCUUUCUCCAAAUCAUGAACUCACUUGUUUUGUUCAUAGGUGUAUUUUGCUAGUUUUUUUAUUUUAUCAUUAUUGCUUUUUUUUGUUUUCCAUAAAUGUUUUGUCCAGAUGUUGAGUGAGUGCUUUUGUCCUCCCCUCAUUGUAAAUGAAUAAUGUUAUGUGAUCUUGACAUUUGUGACAUCCAUUCAUUGAUAUUCUGCAUCCAUACUGCUGGAAAGGCAUUUGAACAAUGUCAGUACUUUUUCAUUGUUUGGUUAGAUUUUUCUGGACCUUAAAAGCCCUCCUGGAAUUGAUAUGCCUCACCUCAGAGGCCUGGAAUAACCUUGUUUACCCGUUGUGCUUGUAUUUAAGGCUAAGAAAACAGAACAAUGUAUACUGGCAUUUGUUUUUAAAAAUGUGUCUGCCUUUUCUCUCUGGUUCUCUGAAAAUUUGGUAAAACAACAUUCCACAGGGUCACUAAAGUGCUGUGUGUGUGUGUGUUGUGUGUGUCUGUAUAUGUACAGUUGUACAGGGUGUAUGUACAGGGUGUUGGUGGCCUGUUUAGUUAACCACCAUAGGUACUAGCUUUACAAAAUGGUGAUAAUUAGAAAUAAACCAUUAUUACAAUGAA